AUGGCAAAAAGUCUUCGUUCAAAAUUCAAGAGAAAGGUUCGUGCCAUCGCCAGAACUAAAAAAGAGCCAAAGGCGGCUGCUUUAUUGCAAAAAGCUGUUGAAAAACGAGAAGAAUACGAAAAAUUGGAGGCUGGUGAGUGUUUUUGGGAUUUUUCGGGGGUUUUUUGGUUAUAAAGUUAGAGAAAAAAGAACAGGAAUUUUUUCAACAAGGUUUCGAAAUUUUACAGAAAAAUCUUUUCUUUUGAAGUCAAUGCUAACUGUUAGGAAAACUUACCAAAUUGUAGUCAGUUUUUAAAAUCAAUUAUUUUUUUCAGAAAAAGCCGCUCAAUCUGGGGAAGUCGAGAAAAUGGAAACAGCAACUUCGGAGUCGAAAAUUAAUGUGAAAACACUCAAAAAACCAGAUGGAUCGUAUCCAACCUGGUUAUCCGGAACGUAAGUUUCUUUACUUUUUUUUUGAAAAAUGAAACAAGAAUGUUUCGCAUAAAAUGUCACAUAAAAAUAUUAAUUUGAAUAUGAACAAACACGUUUUCAUUUUCAGGAAAAAGAAGAAAGCAGCGAAGAAGGCAAAAUCCGCCAAAAAGGGAAAGACCGCGAAGAAUUUCCGAUAA